UCAACAGAGCGGAGGAUGUUGACGUAACGAUAGGAGAUAUGUUAAUGUUUUACGCAAGUACACUUAUGUGACAGUUUACUACUGUAGUGUUUGUGCCCAGGUAUCUAAAUAAAACAGGGGAGCAGAAAAAGACGAUAACGCGCAGACUUUUGACCCCCCAUCACUUCCGCUUUACCUUGAUUAAACCAACAGCGAGUUCACGUUGGCCACAUUCUGGCGUUUGAAUGAAUUAAAAAAAAACAUGGCUCACAAGAAACAGCCCGAGUCAGAGUCUCGGCUCUAUGCUUUUAUCAGAAAGGCGUCCGCAGUGCUGACCCACUUCGUCUGCUUUGGCUUCACGGUCUUCAUCGCACUUCUCUCUCGACUCGGGACAAGUUGGUUUUCUUGGCAUCCUUUCUUCAUGACACUAGCUUUCUCGUUCUUCAUGACGGAAGCCAUACUCCUCUUCUCACCCGAGGGCUCUCCUAUCAAAAGUUUUUCACACAGCACCAAAGGUGGUAUUCACCGGCUCCUGCAGGGCCUCUGUGUAUCCUGUGCAGUCCUGGGUUUUGCAGCUAUCUUUUAUAACAAACACCUGAUUGAUAAACCCCACUUCACCUCGUGGCACGGUUUGCUGGGCCUGCUGACAAUCUGUGUGGUCGUCGCGCAGUCCUUGGCAGCGAUGCCUCUCAGUUAUCCGUCUCUUGCCAAAGGCUGGUCCCUUGCCAAACUCAAGCGCUACCACGCAGCGUCUGGACUCAUCACCUACCUGCUUGGCAGUGCCAGCCUGCUCCUGGGCCUCUGCUCUGUGUGGUUCACUGCAUCUGUCAGAGAAUACACCUGGUACCUGUCAGCACUCUGCCCUGCGUUUGGUGCCUUCGUCAUAAUGAACCAAGUCUCCAGGUCUUACGUGGCUAAAAAACGGUUCCAGUCCUGAUGAGAUGAUGUAAAAGAGUUUAAGAAAAGCUCGCCUCAGAGAUUGAACUGUUUAAGUCACAUGCUUUCAGACUGAGGGUCAAAAGGAGCUGAUUUCUGCAACUAUGUACCUCUGAUGGUUUUGUGAUUCCAAAAAGAAAUGGUGCCACAUCUGGGUAAUGAAAUCUUUCAAUAUGCACAGAACUGGAGCUGCCUGUAGACACUGAGGUCAUGUAAUUUUUUUUUUUCUGGGAAUUUUAACUAUGGAGAUCAGCAUUCACAACAGCUGAUAAAUGAAAUUUAAAGAAGAGAGGGGAGAAACAGCCUUUGUUUUGAGUGUUGACAUUGCACAGUUUGUCCACCAGAGGACAGUCUGUAGCUUCCCUGUUUACCACACUUGUAUUUCAUAAACUAAAAAUGUAACGACCAGCUGAUCCGAAAUCAAACAGAGUUGGGAAAAUGUAAACGAGUAAAUAAAUAACUACACAUAAAUGUUUGGAAAAUCUGUGUUUCAGGUGUGUUAAAGAAAAAAAUACUGACUGAUAUAUCGGAAUAUCGGCUAUUUAUAUCACCAACUAUUGGUUUCGCUAUCCUUAAAAAUCCUGUAUCAAUCGGGUUCUAAUUUGUGUGUAGCUUAAUGACUUAUUAAACACUACCAAAGAUA